AUGGCUGCACGCGUGAAGAACGUUUUCAAGCGGUAUGGUCGCACUGCUUUCUUCUUUCAUUCAGCUGUCUUCACCUCGACUCUCGUGGGAUCAUAUGCUGCAAUUAAUCAGGGCGUUGAUCUACAGGCAGUCGCCAAGCGUGUUCCCUUCAUUGAUCUGUCCAGCAUGGACCCAGAUGCCAGCACGCUGGCACUCGCCUAUCUUUCGACUGUGGCCACCGGUCCGGUCAGAGGUGCGCUCACCAUCGCCGCGUCACCAAUUCUAGCACGUCUACUGACUCGAAGCCGCCAGCUCACCAAAUUCUAG